CCUUUUUUUACCAAACAAACUAGUUUUUUUUUCAUAUAAAAAAUGAACCUUUUAUGUGCAACACCCGAUGAAAACCAAUGUACUUUGGCUGAAGUCGAUGGAAAUUUAGUGAACGUCCCAAUUGGAAAUAGUUCUGCUAUGCAAGAAGUUGCCAGCUCAACUCCUUUAUACCCUUCUAUUCCUUUUGAGCCUGUUGAUUCUGUCGCUGCUGAUUAUGCUUACACCCCACCUGUCUCCUCUAGUCUUUUCGAAACUACACGUAGUGGUGUUGUAAAGUUCUGCACUGAAAGCUGGGAACAAAGACGACCUGCGAUUGAAGCAACACCUGCAUACCAAAAAGCCAAAGACAUUUACAGUUACGUUCACGACAAUUACUUAAAAACACCCGAAAUGAUUUUAGAACACCCAUUAUUCAACAAUGAAAGCUCGAUUCAAUGCAUGGCAUGGCAUCCACAUUUAGAAAUAUUAGCAGUGGCACACAAGGAUAAUAAUGUAUACGUUUAUGAAAAGAAGGAUGGAGCACCAUGGGCAUGCCAAGUACUCUCUCACGAAAAGAUGGAGCGUAUUACAUGUAUUUCAUGGAAGAAGCGAGCAUCAGGAACACUUGCUGUGGGCUGUCAAGAGGGUGUUUGUAUAUGGACCAUCCAAAGAACCGAUUACGCAGAUUCCAAACCAAAAUAUCACCCCAAAGCCAUGAUGAGAUAUUUACAAUUAACAGGCCAAUCAUACAUUAGUUCUUUGGCUUGGGAUCCUACACCCGCCAGUCAAUUAUUAGCUGUGGUUUCCGCUGUCACCAACACAGUCGUCGUCUAUGACAUGUUACUUGAUAGAGCCAUUCCUUUGAAACGUUAUGGAAAAGGUAAUAUUUUGUUACGAUGGAGCCCUAAUGGUGAAUGGUUAUUUGAAGGAGGAUCAGCAGGACUUUCUCGUAUGUGGGAUACCAGUGAUUGGUCAUCACAGCAGAUUAAAAACCCUCCUGGAUUAUGGAUCCAAGCAGCUUGUUGGUCUCCCGAUAACCAAACUCUUGUGUACUCCAUGUGUGGAAAGUGUGAUGUGCAUGUCUUGAUCUUAUCUGGUAAGACUAUUAAACAAUCGAUCAAAGAGGAAAAGGCAUUAUCCACACCAUUAAGUACUGCUGAGACUGCAUCUGGUAUUUCUGUGCCUGUAGGUGGUGUCAUUCGUGAUAUGACAUUAGACGAAAGAAGUGGAAUGAGAUUGGCUAUCGCUUAUGAAAAGUCACCUUUAAUUGGGCUGUAUUCUAUUAAUAACGGAAGCCCAUUCGACUUACAAAAGAACCCCAUGUUCUUCCCAAUUGGUUAUAUCCGUGGCGCUGGUUUAGACAUGACUUCUAUGGAAGGUCAUAAGCCUUUAUUUAUUGAGUUUUCGCCCUCUUUUGAAAAUGGCACUAUUAUGGCUAUUGCUUGGGAUAACGCUGCCGUUACAUUUGUUACGCAUCGCUUCUUGACAAGUGAACCCUUCAUGUAG